CGGGGGGUCUCGACUCGCCCCGCCCUCCUCGGCAAGAUGGCGGCGCCCAGCUGGGGCGUGCUGCGCCUCCGGGUUCGGGGUUCCGGGCGGGGUGGGGGCAGUCUCCUCUGUCUGGUCCCAAAGCCAUUUUGUACCGCCGCUGCUGCUGCCUCUAAGCCCCUGGACGCCCAACGGUUAGCGGAGAAGCUCCGAGCCCAGAAACAGGAACAAAAGGCGAAGAAGGAGCCGGAGCUCAAAAACCCUGUCCAGCGGAGAGUGCACGAACUAGUGCGGUUCACUCAGCAGCUGCAACGAGUCCACCCCAACGUGCUCGCUAAGGCCCUGAGCCGAGGGAUUGUCCACCAGGACAAGGACCUCGUGGUCAUCAAUAAGCCCUAUGGUCUCCCUGUGCAUGGUGGCCCUGGGGUCAAGCUCUGCAUCAGUGAUGUCCUCCCUACCCUGGCCAAGGUGCUUCAUGGCCACAAGGCAGAGCCCCUGCAUCUGUGCCACCGGCUGGACAAGGAAACUACAGGCGUCAUGGUGUUGGCUCGGGACAAGGAGGUGGCACACCAGGUCCAAGAGCUGUUUAGAACCCGUCAGGUGGUGAAGAAGUACUGGGCCAUCACCGUGCGCGUCCCCGUGCCCGCAGCAGGCGUCGUGGAUAUCCCCAUCGUGGAGAAGGAGGUGCAAGGGCAGCAGCAGCACCACAAGAUGACGCUGUCCCCGAGCUACCGCAUGGACAAUGGGAAGAUGGUGAGAAUGCGGACCAGCCGGAGCGCGCACGUGGCUGUGACGCAGUACCAGGUGCUGAGCAGCACCGUCUCCUCCGCCCUGUUGGAGCUCCAUCCUGUUACUGGAGUAAAACAUCAGCUUCGUGUUCACCUGUCUUUUGGAUUGGAUUGCCCCAUCCUUGGCGAUCACAAGUACUCGGACUGGAAUAAGUUGGCCCCCCAGAAGCUGUCUGCCGGCACUCUGCGGAAGCUGGGGCUGCCACAGUCGAAGGCCCGCCACCUCCCUCUGCACCUGCAUGCCCGCCAGCUCGUCCUGCCUGCCCUGGGGUCCAGGACCGAGGAGCUCAGCCUGGUCUGCAGGCUCCCUCGCUACUUCGUACGCUCUCUGAGCCGCCUGGGCUUAGAGCUGCCGAGUCAGGAUCCAGACGACAACAAAGCUGAGCCUCUGGGAGCUCAGGGGAGACACCUGGGCCCCUGGGAGACGCCCGGGCCCCUGGGAGCUCAGAGGAGACACCUGGGCUCUGGGGAGACGCCCGGGCCCCUGGGAGCUCAGGGGAGACACCUGGGCCCCUGGGAGACGCCCGGGCCCCUGGGAGCUCAGAGGAGACACCUGGGCUCUGGGGAGACGCCCGGACUCCUGGGAGCUCAGGGGAGACACCUGGGCCCAUGGGAGACGCCCGGACCCCUGGGAGCUCAGGGGAGACACCUGGGCUCUGGGGAGACGCCCGGGCCCCUGGGAGCUCCAGGGAGACUGCUAGACAGUGUGCACUGGCCCUGAAUUCUUCCCUUUGUUGAAUGGACGUGGCUAACUUCUCCCAUGGGACAGACUCCAGAAGAGCCAAGUGAGGAGUUGAAGGACCCCAGCUGCUCAGGGCUUUUACUGGAAACGGAAGUGUAUUUUCUGAUACUGGGCCACCUUCUGGGAAAGCCUGUGGGAAGUCUCCCUGCCUCGGGGUCAUCUUGCUAAAAUGGAAGAGAGCCCAGGACCAGGCAGGUGGGGUCAGUAAUCGGAAACGGAGAACUGCAGCACAGAACCUGUGAGCAGGCACUUUUCACCCAACAAUAAAGCUCUUGGUCCACCA